CGCCCCGCCCGGAUAUCCGCCCUGCGGGCACUGUCCGCUGCCAGGCAUGUCGCUGUGCGAGGGCUUGGGCUGCGGGAGCUCUCUGCUCUGGCCUCGGGUGUUGCUCUUCGGAGACUCCAUCACCCAGUUUUCUUUCCAACAGGGUGGAUGGGGCGCGUCCCUGGCUGACAAGCUGGUCAGAAAAUGUGAUGUUCUGAACCGUGGAUUUUCAGGCUAUAACACCAGAUGGGCCAAAAUCAUCCUCCCCAGGCUCCUCAGGAAAGGGAACGUUUUGGACAGCCCAGUCGCCGUUACAAUUUUCUUUGGUGCCAAUGACAGCGCGUUAAAAGAUGAGAACCCCAAGCAGCACAUCCCCCUGGAGGAGUACGUGGCGAACCUGAGGAGCAUGGUGCAGUACCUGAGGUCCGUGGACGUCCCCGAGGGCCGGAUCGUGCUCAUCACGCCGCCCCCGCUCUGCGAGGCCGCGUGGGAGAAGGAGUGCCUGGCACAAGGUUGCAAGUUAAAUCGCCUGAACGUGGUGGUUGGUGAAUACGCCAGCGCCUGCUUACAGGUGGCCCGAGACUGUGGGACUGACGUGCUCGACCUGUGGACCCUGAUGCAGAAGGACGGUCAGGACUUCUCACCCUACUUGUCAGAUGGACUGCACUUAUCACCAAAGGGAAACGAGUUCCUCUUCUCCCACCUCUGGCCUCUGAUAGAGAAGAGAGUGUCUUCCCUGCCGCUGCUGCUCCCUUACUGGCGAGAUGUGGCCGAAGCGAGACCAGAGCUCAGUCUUCUCGGAGACGGGGACCAUUAGGCGCGGAGCACGAGGCUGGUAGGGACACGACGCCACCCUGUACCACGCCCUCUGGUCAGAGUUGUGUCUGCUCAGGCCUAAACCUUUGCUCAUGACCCUGGACCGAAACCCUGACAUUUGUACCAGGAAGAAUAAACGCAUUGUGCCUUCCCGGGAAGCGCU